AUGAAUAAUGGUUCAUUUAAAGAAACAAAUGUCUGCAGAAAAGAAAAACAAAAGGGAGAUAUCCCAGCUCCGCGUUUUGGUCAUACAGCUACAUAUUUAGGAAACAAUAAAGUUGCAAUAUUUGGUGGUGCCAUAGGAGAUGCAGGAAAAUAUAACAUAACAGAUGAUAUAUAUAUAUACGAUUUAUCCCAAAAUAAAUGGAAAAAAUUGUCAACAGAAAAUACACCAUCAGCUAGAGCUGCACACGCAGCUGCUUGUGUAGAUGAACAACAACUAGUUAUAUAUGGUGGUGCAACAGGAGGUGGAUCUCUUUCCUUAGAUGAUUUAUAUAUAUUAGAUUUAAGAAAAGAACAACGAUAUUCUUGGAUGACUGUUCCUACGAAAGGUGUAACACCAGGUAGAAGGUAUGGACAUGUAAUGGUUUAUAAUAAACCUAACUUAAUUGUAAUUGGUGGAAAUAAUGGUCAACAUACAUUAAAUGAUGUAUGGUUUAUGCAUGUAGAAAUGCCACCAUUCGAAUGGGUUCAUGUUAUAAUUCCAAAUAGUUGUAAAGCACCACCUCCAAGAGUUUAUCAUUCAGCUGACAUGUGCAAAGAAGGACCAGCUACAGGUAUGAUUGUAAUAUUUGGUGGAAGAAGUGCAGAAAAUAAAUCAUUAGAUGACACUUGGGGACUAAGACAGCAUAGAGAUGGAAGAUGGGAUUGGGUUGAAGCACCUAUAAAAAAAGGUGCACCUCCAGAAGCCCGUUAUCAACAUACUUCUGUUUUUAUAGGUUCUAAAAUGUUUAUUUUGGGUGGUAGAAAUGAUAAUGGAUGUGCUAUCCCAUUGUCAACAGCUUUAUACAAUACAGAAACAAUUGAAUGGGUCACUUUACCAUCCAUAUCAAAAUUUAGACAUACAUCUUGGAUGCACAAGUAUACAAUUUACACAUUUGGUGGAUUUACACAUCAAACGCAACAAUUUCCUACAAAUGAAUUAGAAUGUCUGGAGUGCUGUGUGCUCGUAAAUUCUUUAAGCACUUUGGAUUCUGAUAAGAAGAAGACUGCGAAGCAAUCAUCCCUCAAACAGAAACAGAUUUCUAGUGAAAACAUAAAACAUCAAGGAAAUGAUUCAAGAACCAUGAGUUCGUUCAACCUGAACAGCCAAGACAUUAUCAACACACAACAUCCUCAUCAGCUACCAAUCGGAUCAUUAAAUAAUCAAUUUGCAGGGAGUAAACAGAUAUAUGACAUGAAAAAUACUUCAAGUGCAGGGAAUAAUGGUAUGGGUAACAUACAAAAUGCACAUUAUAGAAAUAUGUUUGAUUCUCCAAGUUCAUCUUUAUUCCGUUUAUCUAGUAGACCUUUGUCAAAUAAAAUAAGAUUAGCAGCACAUGCACAUGCUGUUCAAGAGACAGGGAGCGAUUUUGCAUUAUUAGUUCGAAAAAUAUCAAUUGAUAAAUUGGAAGAAGAAGGAAGAAAAAUAAAUAAUGGUGUUUUAUGUACACCAGUAAAUUACAUUAGUGAAUUUAAAAAUACAGUAUAUGACAAAAUUAUUACAACAUUGUUGAAUCCAAAUAUAACUCAAUAUGAAAUUCAGUAUAAUCAUAAUGCUGAAGCGAUAUUCAUAAUUCCAUGGGCAAAUAUUUCCAUUUUGUGUUCAAUGGUAAUAGAUAUUUUUAAACAAGAAGAUAUGAUAUUAAAAUUAAGAGCACCUAUAAAAAUAUAUGGAGAUAUACAUGGACAAUAUUAUGACUUAAUGAGAUUAUUUCAAUUAUAUAAAUGUCCAGUUGAAGAAGAUUUAGGAGAAAAAUUGAAUGCCAUUGGUGAUAUAGAUUCGAAUGAUUAUUUAUUUUUAGGAGAUUAUGUAGACAGGGGAUCAAAUAGUUUAGAAGUCAUUUGCUUACUUUUUGCAUUAAAAUGUAAAUACCCGAAGCAGAUUCAUUUAAUAAGAGGAAAUCAUGAAGAUAUGGCAAUUAAUAGUUUAUAUGGAUUUCAAGAAGAAUGUAAAAGAAGAUUGAAGGAAGAUAUUAAUGAUAAAUCAUCCUGUUGGUUGCAAAUAAAUCAAGUUUUUGAAUGGUUACCCAUAGGUGCUAUAGUAGAGGAAAAAAUAUUAUGUGUUCAUGGUGGAAUAGGAAAAACUAUUCAUACAAUUUCAGACAUAUCUCAGUUAAGAAGACCCCUAGUUGUUUCUCAAGUUCCUCAAAAUAUAAAUGAACAAAAAGUUACAGAUUUACUUUGGUCUGAUCCAACUGACAAUGAUUCCAUAUUGGGAACCAUACCUAAUGAUAUAAGAGAUCCUGAUGGCACAGGACAUAUUGUUAAGUAUGGUCCUGAUAGGGUUCAUAAAUUUUUAGAAGAUAAUGAUCUGCAACUAAUUAUACGUGCACAUGAGUGUGUUAUGGAUGGGUUUGAGAGAUUUGCUGGGGGAAAACUAAUAACCCUUUUUUCUGCUACUAAUUAUUGUAAUUCUCAUAAAAAUGCUGGGGCCCUCUUGUUUAUUCGGAGAGAUCUCACAGUUAUUCCUAAGCUUAUAUAUCCAGCUAAGGAUGAAAUUCGCUUUUUCAACACAUGGGACACGAAAAUGACCGAGUUGAGGCCACCGACUCCACCAAGAAAUCAACCCAAAAUGAGAGAGCUUAACUUUGGAGCCCCGUAG